AUGAUUGGGAAUGCAGUGAGAAUCGACAGAUUCGCGAAUAGCCUCGACAAGCCGGGUUUUCUUCAGCGCCUUCAGCACUACGCUCCGCUGGUGAAGCGGAUUGGUUAUCCUGGAUACUUCUCACGAGAAGGAACGUUCUUCGAUUACAACUCGCUCUAUCAUCUUCACGCCUCCGCCACACUACCCCGACCCCUGUUCCCAAAUGUCGUCGAGGUCGUUCUUCCUUGUCUGUCUGAAAGACAGGUGGAAGCUAUCUUCUACCCUUCCGUUGUGCUAUCGCCUUCCAUCCGGAAAAUCACCAUCUUCACUGAUUGCUUCGAGCACAGGGAUGAAGAAAAUCCAAUCAUCGACAACACGCAAUGGACAGCCGUAUCCAAUAGGUUGCAAUCACAAGCUCCGAACUUGGACUCCUUUGGUAUCUACUGCGAUACUGAAAGCACGGGGCGUAUACCUUCCAUUGACAGUCUUUGCCACCACUUCAGUUCUUCGUUGAAGUGCCUUGACAUGAGCUACCUCGUCCUUCAGCCGGAAACGAUUUGCACUCUCGGGAAGCUCGACUCGCUUGACGCACUCCAAUUUACCGUAAACGACUACCGUUUCGUGUCACCACUCUCCGAAAAGAUCCCCUUGACGAAAUUGUCGUUUUUGGGUCUUCGUGUCGACUCAGCGGCUGGUCUCGACACACUUUUUCAGUCGAUACUUGCUCCGUCAAUCGAAAGGGUGGAGCUCACCUUCAUGGCGUUGGAUUCUAUCGUCCACUUGGGAGAUACUUUCAAAGCCCUAACGCAGAAUUGCGCGUUGCCGAAACUCUAUGACGUUGACAUUGUGCUGGUGGACGACGUCGACCACUAUUUCCCGAUCAGCGCAGCCACGUUCACGCCUUUGCUCAGAUGUAACAACAUCAAGACAAUUCAAAUAGGCGGAUGUGCGAUGCCAGUACUUGAAGAUGCUGAUCUACUCCAGAUUUUCUCGUCCUGGCCAGACCUGUCCCACUUCUCGAUGUCCCUGGCUUUGCCAUGUCAAGGAUCACUCUACCGCGGGGGUCUUACACUUGCAGGGGUUCAUGCCGCAUUACAACUUUGUCCCAAGUUGCACACGCUUGAGCUUCCAUUUGACGCUCGCGUUGUCCCCACUGAUUCGACAUUGCCCUCUUCCCCCCACCCAUCCCUGCGCUCCCUGGACGUCUUCACUUCACCCAUCACCUUCGGCUUCCAAGUCGGCCAGUUCUUCCGCAAAUUCUAUCCCCUUUUGAAGUCGCGCCAAUUCAGCUUUUACGACAUGUACAAAACCCAGUUCUACUGGGAGACUACACCUACCGCUGAACACUUUUCACCUUCGGUGGUGGAGGGUGCCAUGAUGGUUGACCAAUGGAUCGAUGUUGAACACAUGCUGGCUGAGGAUCCUUAG